AUGGUCGCAGCGGCGGCAUUGUCCAGGACUCCCCGACGAGACAGGCGCGGCACGACCGAGACGCCCGGCUCCGCAAAGAAGCGUCUCAAUGGCCUGUGGGAAGACGGUCAUUGGUGGUGCAACUGUGAGCCGCGCAAGCAAGCCGCCCUGCGAGAGGUGAAGAAGGACACGCCUAACAAGGGCAAGUUGUUCUGGACCUGCUCAACCUACCCAUUCUGCGACUUCUUCCUCUGGAGGGACGAGGCCACUCUCCGAGAGGAGGGGCUUCCAUCGGGUACCCACGGCGCCGCCGUCUCGGCCGCCGUAGGGGAGCCCAAGGAUCAGCCUCCACCAAAGCCAAGAGCCCCGAGCUUAACCCAGCGGCCGUUGACAUCGUUUGGGGUCCAGCUCACGGCCAGCCAGCACCCGGGAGGCGAAGAGGCCAUCACAGACAGAGGUGCAGGGCAGGCCAGCGGCAGUGGUACCGGCAAGGUUCCCGUCUCAGGAAGCUCCCAAAGUUCUCGGCAUCCGGGCGGCGAGGAUGCAGAGGCUACUCCGCCUAGCAGCUCACACACGCUGGGCAUGGAGACGCCAUGUCCCACACCUUCCAAACGGAAGAGAAGCGCCCUCGAGUCGCGGGGCGGCGGUGGCGAUGCAGAGCUCUUCAGCGACCUAGACUCGGACGACGAGCGUCAGCUAGCGGACAUGGCUGACCGCAGUGCUGAAAAGGUCCGACAACAUACGGGCAACAUCUUUGCCACCCCAAGCCACGAUCGGGCUGUCGACGCGGGACAUGGUUUGCACACGCCGUCUGUCGCCCGCACUCUCUUCACAGGGCCCAACAAGCAGCGCCAAAAGUCGGUCUCGUUUGAGCAGCCGGAGUCGCUCGUGUCUGGCAUUCCCACACCCGCAAAGACUCCCUCGACGUCAAGGGUCGGCCUUCAGCAGUCAACGCCGUCGAGCAGCCCAGCCGACCCCGCUCACGAUCCCGCAGACGAGAUUAUGGAUCUCCUUCGCGGCAGCAAUACAGACCCGGCCAUCCUCCAGUCGGUGCAGGACAAGCUCAUUACCUCGGCCCGCCGGACAAAGGGCCUCCUGCUGGGCAGAGAUUCGGCUCGCGCCGCACUGAAGCAAAAGGACGACCGCAUCGCCCAACUUCAGGAGCGCGUCGUUGCAUUGGAGAAUAAGGAACGGUUCUACGCCAGGCAACUGACCAACAUCAAGGCCCAGCUUACGCCGAUGCCUGACGACAGCUGA